AUGUCCUUGCAAUGCUGGAACGUUGCCGACUGGACUGCUUUCUAUGGAAAUCCCGUGAAGUUUGGAUUAGGCUUAUUCUCGAUGCUUUUUGAUAUUCUUUUCAUCACUCAGCAUUACGUACUUUAUCCACAAAAAAGAGAUAAAGAUAGAAGUGAUGUAGAAGAAGAGAGUAAGCAGAUCAUGGAUGAAGCUGACGAUGUGAAGGAGAAUGAGGCUGCAAAUGAAAAAUCUGGAGAAAAAAGCAAAGAUUACAGCAAAGAAGAUGUAGAGAAUGGAGAGCCUGAAGGACAAAAACUGCUAAAACAGCAAAGCAAAACAAAGGGGCAAAGGCUUCAAAUACAAAAACGAGAAGGAAAGCAAGAGAAAAGUGGUGAUGAAACAAAUAGUGAUAAAUUUAAAAUCGAAAAAUAG